AUGCAGCAACAGCAGCAGCAGCAAGGAGUAGAGCAUCUUCCGCGAUGGUCGUGGAAUCUCUACCCCGCGAACCGGAUUGAUGCUGCGCGGAUGGUAGUCCCACUCGGCUGUGUCUACGCUCCAAUCGGGUCCUCGUGCAAGGAGGUUUACUACGAGCCAUUGCGCUGUGUGUGUGGUGGCAUCUUGAACCCGUAUUGUGUGAUUGACUUCCGGUCCAGGACAUGGGGAUGUCCUUUCUGUGAAACCAAAAAUAAUUUCCCACAACAGUAUGUCCACAUAUCGGACCAGAACUUACCAUUGGAGCUUGCAGGGUGGAACGAUACAGUAGAGUACGUGAGCAUUGUAAAGCGUGACCCACCAGUCUUUGUACUUGUCUUGGACACCUGUAUAGACACAGAGAGUGAGCUUGAAGGGUUGAAGGAGUUUGCGUUGGAUGCCCUCAGCAAGCUCCCAGCUGAGGUGCGGAUUUGUCUUAUUACUUAUGGGACGACGGUGCAGAUUCACGAACUUAGCGGUGUGACAGAUUACCCGCGUUCUUUGGUGCUGCGUGGAAGCCAAGAGGUGACUGUGGAAACUCUCAAAAAAGUUAUGCCGGAACCAAAAUUGUUUGUGGGUGUUCUCUCGAAUGUGAAGUCUGUGGUGACUGUGAUUCUUGAGGAGCUGCAACAGGACGUAUGGCCUGUGCCCAAAUCCCACCGUCCGUUGCGAUGCACAGGCGCCGCCCUUUCCGCCGCCGCCAGUAUCCUUGAGAUUGUCUCACCAAACACAGGGUCGUGCAUUCUUGGCUUUAUUUCCGGUAUCUGCACGGAGGGACCAGGCAUUGUUGUGGAGACCACGCGGGAAAGGUUUAUUCGGGGCCAUGCGGAUAUUCGAGACAGCACAGCUGCUGCAUCUUUUUGGGAGUCAUCUUGUACCUUUUAUGACUCUCUGAUGCAUCGGAUUGUUAAGCAGGGGCAUUCACUCAGUUGUUUCACUGCCUCACUGGAUCAGACGGGUAUAGCGGAAAUGAAACUCUGUAUUCAGGCUUCGGGAGGAGUUGUAUUAAACGACGAAUCAUGGCGAAAGGAACCUUUUCGCCAAUCGCUUCACCGCUUCUUUGAACGAAGGGAUGACGGCACGCUGAAGAUGGGACUAAACGUCACGAUGGAUGUCAUUACGUCAACGACGUGGAAAGUCAUGGGUGUGAUUGGGCAAUGUGUGGGCACAGGCAAGAAAUCGUCUUCUGUAGCCGAAUACGAAGUGGGAAUGGGU